AUGGACAAUGAUAUCUUUGUUUCUUGGACACUAACCGUCCACAUUACACCCCAAAGACAGAAAUUAUACAAAUACUAUUUAGUUACGCCCACUGGCCAUAAAACACUUGCUGCUACAGCUUUGCAUAAAGAUCCCAAACACGAUACCUACAAAUACAGCGAAGCAUUCAUUGAACAACAUUUUGCCCUCGUUGAAGACGUUGGCCUUCUUGAGCUUAAAUAUGCUAUUUCCAUUGCUAAGUGGCUGGAACGCGUCCUCAUGUUUGUUUCUUCGCACCCACCAGAUGCUCCUCUUCCUCACUUCAUACCUGAUAUAUAUGGCCCCCUACCAUGCUGUUUCACAAUUCGUUUUACAAAAACUCAAACACUGCGAUUGCCGCAUGAUCUUAUUCCAAUGAUACAACACUGCAGACAGCCAUUCCUAACCAUCAAAGGAAAAAAUGCACAUUGGCUGAUUGCCUUGAGAAACUUUCAAUUUGCUGAAGGCUGGAAUCAAUUUGCAGCAGACCAUAAACUAACCACAGGUGACAUCAUUCUAUUUAAAUAUUUAGCAAACAUGGAGUUCAACGUAGCCAUCUUUAAAAAAAAACUGCCAGCAACAAAUAUUUCCUUGGACAACACAAUUAACCCAAAAACUCCACCCAGAUCCAUUCUCGCAAAUGCAUUUUGAUAGAACUAACUGUGUUUACCAGCAAGUUAUCACAGGCUUAUCGGAUGACUUCACACAAGAUUUAAGUUUUCCGGUAUUUUUUCAUCACCUCACUGAUGAUGACGCUUUUCGCCUGGUACCUUUUAUCUUUAUACAAUUACUGUGAUAAAUUAUUACCCAAACACCCUAACUUAUAAUAUAUUUUGACAGAAAUCACCAUUUAAUAUCAUCGCUCCAAAUUGGCAAAAUAACCGUUCUUUCCUCAUUCAUGUCCACCGACAACAAAUACAUGCUUACCUGCAAUACACAGACAUUAAUGUUACUCAGCAUUGGAUUCAAUUUCUGGACCAAAUUCAUGCGGAGGCAAAUGAACUCCUGUUCUUCCUGCCAACAACAAUGCUCACCUAUCAGGUCAUCGUGUUUGCUGAAGACGGCAUCGAAAAAUAUGCUGCAGAAGACACGAGGAGGGUACUUCAAUCAUAUCAAUUUGAGCCACCACACCCAAUCCGAUCCACAAACUGUUUUAUCUUCCACUUUGAUGCACACGCUUCCAGAAACUGUUUUAUCUUUGUCUUGUUUCCACCUAUAUAUAUAUGUUCUACAUUUCUAUCUACUAUGUAAGGCACAACCAACAAACAAUAUUUUUGGCUACAGUCCGGACAACCUUUUAAUUUCCUUGAGUUCCUGUGGUAGCUUCCCUUGGCACCACGUGGCACCUCCACAGCUGAAGUCUAGCUUCUUUCUUUUUUCCUGCCGUUGUUUGUUUCAUUGGAGCCUGUUUUGUGAGCUGCAAAGGUUUAGC